CGUUUUGACAGAACUACUUUCUCAAGUCCCACGCUUCGAUCUUUCCGCCAUUGUGUGCUUGACAAGAUAUUAAAGAAUACUGUGAGAGAUAGAUUUUGUACCAAGUGAGAGAUAGAUUUUGUAUCAACAAGCCACCAUGGACGAUAUUAAAGUUGAAGAUUCACCAGUAGCAUCUCCGUACCUGACAGAAAUCAAAACAGAGAUGACUAAACUUGAUGCUGAGGAUUAUGCUCAUGCAACGCGACUUUUAGCAGAGGAAGCAAAACGUGUUGAAAGUGGGGACAAGUAUAAGGCUGUACCUCUGAUAGAACUUCAUCAUGAGAGAGCAGCAAGUAAUGCUGUUAAGAUCCGCAUUCCUUCAAAAGAAUUCCCCAGGGUGAAUUUCUCAGGUAAACUGUUGGGCCCCAAGGGCAGCACCCUGAAGCAACUGCAGCAGGAGACUGGAUGCAAACUCUCCAUUCUAGGAAGGGGAUCUAUGAGGGACAAGAACAAGGAAGAGGAACUAAGGAAGCAGGGAGGGAAGUAUUCUCAUCUGAAUGAUGAGCUCCACCUCCUCAUUGAAUGUUUUGCUGAACCCACUGAUGCUUAUAACCGACUUGCACAUGCAAUCGGAGAAAUCAAGAAAUUCAUGAAUCCACAUGAAGAGAACCUUGGCCUCAACAUGGGUGGCUAUCCUCCACAGCAGCAGAUGGGUGAAGACCAGGGCUACUUCAAUGGGGAAGGUUCAAUGGGGCGAGGUGCAGGCGGCCCUAGAGGUGCCCCAGCCCCCAGGGGAGGCAUGCCUGGUCGUGGGGGACUACUGGCCCCACCUGGUGGACGAGGGGGCAUGCCACAGAGAGGCAGUUUGUUUAGGCCCAGUGCACCUGGAGGUCGUGGAGCCCUUGCACCGAGAGGUGCCCCUGCACCCAGAGGAAUGGCCCCUGCUCCACGAGGGGCAGCCCCGGGCAUGCGGGGAGCUCCUGCAGCAAGAGGAGCACCAGCCCCGCGGGGUGGACAGGCAGUGCGCCCUGCUAUGGGGGCAGCACCUGCAGGCAGAGGGGCCCCACAGGGCAUGAGAGCCCCUCCCCCCAGGGGGGCCCCAGCAGGCAUGAUGUCCCGAGGAUCUCCAUCAGCAGCAAGGGGCCGACCAAUGGCCCCUCCUCCAUCAGCCCAAUCUAGGGCUCAGCAAGUCACACAGCAGGAGUAUGAUGACUAUGGAGCAGGCGCUGCUUAUGAAGAACCUGUAAGAAACUUGGAAUCCAGUAGUAACCAAUAUGUAGAGCAGCAGACUUAUGCCCAAGAGACGUAUGAUGAUGGCUAUGGCCAGGUACAGCCUGCUAGGAGGGACCCGUAUGCAGUGGAACAAGACAUGUAUGCUGAACCUGCAUCUGCCGGAGGAGACACACAGUUCUUUGACUAUGGACAUGGGUCUACAACCUCUGCCUAUGAUGACUAUGGACAACAGUCCCACCAGGCCACAUCUGAGUAUGAUCGUGGAUCCCUCAAAGCCCCUCCCCCUACUGGUUCCCGGGGCGGGCGUGGUGCCGUGAGAUCUCACCCAUAUGACACAGGGCGGGCACCCAUGCAGCAGAGCCGAUAUGGAGGUGGGGGAUACCAGUAAUCCCCUGGUCUGCACAGGACUGUGAAGGGCUGUCUACAAUCUGAUACUGCACUGGGCAGUGUUCUCUCUGGAGACAAGACUGUAGCUGCUUGGCUAUAGGUAUUUGCUUGUCCAAUUAAAGGAGGGAGUUUAUUCAUUCAUCAUGUUGAAUCAUAGUGGUUCAUUUAAAAGUGGACAUUGCAAAUACAUUUACAAAAUCCCAUUUCAUAAACUUUUUAAAAUACUUUUAUCAUGCUCAUUUUAUCACUUUUAUACUGUACUCAUAAAUCUUGAACACCAAUGUCACUUUUAUUUUCAACUUUAAAUUUCAAUAUAAAUAUACCAACAAUAGUAAUGACCAAAACAAUUUACUCACAUAUUCUAAAAAAAGUUUUGAGAGUCGUGUGUCUGGCAUGUAAAGAGUGAACCCAAAACAAAUACCAAAUAAUUCUAUGAUUAUAUUUACUUAUUGUACCAUAUUGAAAUUGUUUAUGCGAUAUUCACAAUGUUGCAACAUUUGUCAACUAAUUAAAUGUGUAUUAGUAUUGUUUAUUGUCAGUGUGUCUUAUAACAGAAAACAACAAACAUAAAAAAAUGAAGAUCAUUUAAACUAACAGUUAAUUGUGCGUGUAAAUACAGAAAUUACAUAACUGUUAUUGAAAGUCUACAAAUUAGAAUAAUUAGUUGUACAUUUUCUGCAAUCAUUGUUAUACCAAAUUCAACACCUAAAAUAAUCUAGGUGUAAUAAUUACAAUUUAUGGCAUAACAGUAACUAUCAACAGUAUCAAUUGUAGUAAAUUUUAACCUUUUGAUAAAAAUUCUCAGUUUUAUAGUUGUGAACCCCAAAUAAAUUUGCAUUUACCCUUAUGUCAGACAAAGUUAUAUUUAAUAUUGUGAUUAAAUUGUGUGUGUCAAUAUGCAAAAUAAAAAAAAAGUGUACAAAC